CAAGCAUAAUGUAAAAAAUUCAUCUCAGAUGAUAACCUCAGCAGAUACAUCGGAAAACAAAUUGCCCAAUUCUUCAAAAUUUUGAGAAUCAAAAAAAAAUGAGAAAUCUACGACCAAGAAUAUCGAACGUGCACUGUGUGAUGAGUUGAAAGAAUUUAUAAAAGCAGAGGUGGCUGCAAGCAACGUGGAAUUUGCACGAAAAAUUAAAUCUGCUAAGGAGAGCAUCUUGUACAACUUGGACCAGAAGAUGAAUGAAUUAAUACUGGCAGUACUUGCACAAAAUGUCCCCCAAGUGCCACAAGUUCCAGUUGAAGAGUUGGUGAUGGCUGUAGGUACAAAACUACCAAUCGAGGAUCUUGAUGAUUUUUUAGUGUUCGAGGAGCAACUUAAGACUGAUGAUAAGAAGAAAACUGCACUGACGGCUUUAUUCCGUUACCUUUGUUUCACCCAAAGCACGAUCAAAACAUCUAUCAACAACGUUUUACCUCAAAUUAUGAAGAAAGCUGUGCAAUCCCAGUAUUCAGGAAAAGGGAGGAAGGUCAAGGGAUGUGGGAAAGUUGAUUUUAGCAGCACAUCCACAUUCAGUAGUUUCCAAGGUAUUUAAUUCUGAUCUUCUUUCCACUAGCUAGA